ACCGGUGUCUCGGGCGGAUUACAGUGUUUAACUCUUCUAUGAACCUCGUCGGUGCGUCUUUACUCAAGGAGAAAUUAUCUACUCGUUUCUCCGAACAUUCUGGGUUUAUUUGCAUCUGUGCUGCGUUUCAACAGGUUUCAGUGAAAUGUAAGGCUCAUGUCUCCAGUUGCGUCGCCUCAUAAAGACACUGGAAAUAACUUCUAGGACUUUUAGGACAACACUGUGGAGCCGACAUUAUGUCAAAAUCUAUGAGAUAUAAUUGAUCAUUGUGGAGAUUUUGGUGUCUUCAAUACUGACAAGGAAAAACACUCGUGGAAGGUAUAAGGGUUGGUUUCCAGUUCGCUGUGGGAUGUUCACGGACUGGUGGAGCGUUGAGGCUGAAGGAGCAUGGUGAAACACCAACCCUUACAGGUCUAUGAGAAGCAGAUCUUCGUGUCCUUCGUCACUGGGAUCUAUGGUUGCCGCUGGAAACGCUACCAGCGUUGCCAAGACGACAGCUCGAGGUGGGAGUGUACAUGGUUCGUCAUCCUGUGCAGUUCAUUCUUCCUCCUUCUCUUCUGGGCCUAUUUCUGGUUGGUGGCACAAAAUGACUUCAAUGAGUUCAACUGGUCAGUGUACAAUCGAACCGGUGAAUGGAGGGAUGAGACGAUCCCCAUCCUGGCAUCCACCACCGUGGGAUUCAGCUACGUCACCUUCUUAAUGAUUUUGGCACUUUUCCACAUAUCUCUGGGGCAGCAGCUGAAUCUCUACUGGGUUCACAAGAUUGGAGUUUUGGCCACGUUGCUCACCACUAUCUCCGGUGUGGUGUCUGUAGACGAUAUUUGGGCAGAUGAGUGGGACAUCGUCCUGGUGUCGCUGCAGGCCACGGCUCCGUUCCUGCACAUCGGAGCCCUGGCGACCGUCACCGCCAUCAGCUGGUUGGUGGCAGGAUACGUGGUCCGUAGAGAGAGAUCCAGUUUCCAGAUGAUGGUUUUGGUGGUCUACAUCAUCAUCGUCCUCGCUCUCUACCUACUGCCGCUAAUGUUCACCUGCCCCUGCAUCAUGGACCGCCACAGCCUCAAACCUCGGCCUGACGUCAUUGGUCGACGGGGAGCUCCUAUGCUGGCUCCAGAAAACACCAUGGUGUCCUUUAACAGAGCCCUGCAGCAGGGGGCCGCCUCGCUGGAGGCAGACGUCACCAUCAGUGUGGACGGCGUCCCCUUCCUCAUGCGAGACCGAACCCUGAGAAGAACCACAGACAUUAUGAAGGUCUUUCCUUCUAGAAAGUAUGAAGACGCAUCGUUCUUCAACUGGACAGAGUUACGCUCUCUAAAUGCAGGCCAGUGGUUCCUGGAGACUGACCCCUACUGGACAGUCGGCUCUCUGACCUCCAGGGACCGGAGCCGGAUUGGAAACCAGACCGUCUGCAGUCUGGUGGAGAUGCUGCGUCUAGCGGCCAGAGCCAACAGCACCGCUGUUCUCAACAUCCGUAAACCUCCGCCAGAUCAUCCUCGGUCCCGGAGCUGGUUCAUGGACACGCUGUGGGCCGUGCAGAAAGCUGGGAUCUCCCAGAAGAGGGUGAGGACUGUGACGUGGACCCCCGAUACCGACAGGGGGAGGGUCCGGGGGUUUCAGCAGAGCUCCAGUGAGAAGCUGUCAGUGGAAGAGAUGAGGCAGAGGGGGAUCACCAGCCUGACCCUCCACUACAGCCAGGCCAGCCACAAAGACAUACAGGAGUAUCUGGCCAACAACGUGAGCGUGACCGUGUACCCGGUGAACGAGCCCUGGCUCUACUCCAUCCUGUGGUGUAGCGGGGUGCCUUCCGUAUCCUCUGACGCCCCCCAAGUCCUCCGAAAGGUGCCUUACCCCAUCUGGCUCAUGAGUCAGAAUGCUUACGACUUCAUCUGGAUCACAUCAGAUCUGGUCUCCCUCGCCAUCAUCAUAGUGAUUUUCGCUUUUCAGAACUAUCAUAUGAUCAGGUGGAGGAUGAGCGGGAUUCAGAACUACAACCCAGAGCAGAUAAUGCUGAGCGCUGUGGUUCCUCGGCCCAAUCGAGACGUCAACACCAUGAAGGAGAAACUCAUUUUCUCAGAAAUAAAUAAUGGACUCGGCAGUUCAGACGAGAUUUCUCUUUAUCCUGAAAACGGUUACGCCAGAUAUUCCCAUGCAGACUUCGGCCGUUGAACACAUCGCAAAGAUUCAACUGGAAAAAAGAGUUGGAUGACACUAACCAUUUUACUCAACCUCAUCUACUCAAAAAUUUUUCUAUGAUGUGAAUGGACACCAAAUCUGUUUAUUCACAUGUUUAUCUGUAUGUUGUUGAAAUGAACUAAAUAAUGUGUCUCACUAAGAAAUGUUGCAGUUACUGUCAUUAAAAUAUAACGCAAAAGUAACUAAUAAUAAUUAAAAUGAAAAUAUGUCAUUAAAUUAGUUUUUAAUCAAAAUGUUAAUGAUUAUGGAGGGAUUACAUCUGGAGAUAUUCUCAGUAAAAAAAAAAAAAAAAAAAAAGUCUAUAAUAUUUUUAGACUAUUAAACCCUCUAACAUCACUUUAUUGUUUUAGGGACUUUUUCGUUUUAUUGGCUAUUUUUACGACAGCGUCAGGGCCAAAAUCCUUUCAGAUCAUCAUUUAAAAGAAGUGAAAUAUUCUCUGUGGAUAAAGUGAUAAAAACUUGAGAAAUAAAUAUACAUUUGUUUGCUUUUUCUUGAUUUAUUUAAGUAAAUGGUUUGACAUGUAUGCAUAUUAAGGCCACUUUUGGUGAAAUAAAACUGUGGAAGAGUUGAAGAAGGAGCAAUAUCAAGAAAAAA